GGGUGUGAACGUCCGUGGGGCGCGUCAUGCUGGAAACAAACACCAAAAUAAAGAUCGCGUGUUGGCUCCAGGUUCUCCGUUUCUUCCCCGACGCCCCCUGGUGGACAACAGAGAUAUGGCAAAAAUACGAGCAGCUCCGGACGGAACCAUUCAAGACGCCAGCAGGAAACACACUGCGAGUUUAAAUUAAUUUAUAAGUAAAAUCCUACCAGCUUUUAGGAACACAAAUAAAAAUAUAUCGACGUGUUUAGGUUAAAUAAAUAACCCCGUGUUUGUGUAAUGCCCGCGCUGCCCCCCGCAUCCCGGGGCGGAAGUGGUUCGGUCCGGUAGUGAAGGCGAAGCUGAAAAAAAAGAACGGUUUGUUUUCAAGGAGAGGAAGGAGGCCGGCCGCCGCUGCGUCGUUUAAAGCCCACAAACGGUUACAGCUGCCCCAAGCGCUCGCUGCUCUCCCAGGUCGCCAUGGCUCUGUGCGGCGGUGUCGGAGCCAUGGCUUUACCCAGCGAGCUCAUCGUCCACAUCUUCUCCUUUCUGUCCGACCGGGACAAGCUGCGGGCCUCGGCGGUCUGCUCCCGCUGGAGGGAGUGCCUCUUCUACCCCGCGCUGUGGACCGAGCUCAAGCUGCGGGUCGGCGACGGCCGCAACGGCGCCGACGAGACGCCCAAGCUGGAGUUCCUCAUGCGGAAGUUCGGCUCCUUCGUGCGGGAGCUGCAGCUGGAGCUGGCGCCGGUGGAAGGGAACCUCAGCCCGCUGAGCAACGAGCCGCCGGCCGCCGGGAUGGAGCAGCCGGCCGGCGGGCAGGAGGGCGACCCGCAGCGGCUGUCGGAGCGGUGGAGGGACGCCAUGGCCACCUACCUGGACCAGGUCCUGUGUGUGUUCACCAGCAUCCGGAACAACAGAAACCUGCAGAGGCUGAGUCUGUACGGAGACACCUUCAUCCUGCAGCAGGAGGGACUGUCGGACGGCUCCAACCUGCACCAGAUCCACCAGGGGGACAAGAAGAUCAACGAAAUCCAGCAGUUGUUCAUGGAGCUGCUGUCCAACAGCCGGCAGCUGCGGUGGCUGUCCUGCAGCUUCAUGCUGGGCCUGGUGACGCCCUGCUCCUUGGCCUGCCUGUCCAACCCUUCAGCUGAGACGCUGCAACACCUCAGUUUGCUCGACCACCAGCUCGGCCCCCUCAUCUCCCCGUCAGAGCUGGAUCGGCUUUCCAACCUUCACUCCUUAGCUCUGGAUUUCUCUGACUUCACGCCCGAGCUCUGUGGUUUGCUGGCAUCUCCACGACGAGCUCCGCUCCAUCGCCUCUCCCUGCUGCUGAACGGCGCCGCCCUGGAGUUCAAACCGCUGGAGGACACGGCCAAAGAGGAGGACUGGAAGGCGCUGGUACGCGUCAGCGCCAACCUGCGAGUGUACAUAAUGGCUCUGGAGGUGGACAGCUCAGAGCUCCUCAGGGUCCUAAAGCCCAGCCUGCCUCUAGAGCGCCUCCACCUGGACAGUUACAGCACGCUGGUGAACGACGCCACCCUGGAGCUCAUCUCCCAGCAGUACAACAAAACCCUCACCCACUUCCUGCUGCUCAGGGACGGCCCCGGCUUCCCCGACCUCAGCGUCAACCGCAACGAGGACCCCCUGGUCCUGCUGGCGUGGAGGUGCACCCAGCUGGCGGUCCUGGUGAUACACGGUUACACGGUGUGGUCCCACAACCUGGUGGCCAUCUCCCGCCUGCGCGGCUCCAGCCUGCGCGUCCUCACCGUCUCAGAGGAGAGCAUCGACUUCGACCCGGACCAGUCGCUGUACGUGGAGGGAGACCCCGUCCACAACCUGGUGAAGGAGGUGUCGCUGGGCCUCGGCCGCGUCUGGCACCCCUGCCUGGACUCCUCCGUGGUUCUGUCCGAGCCGACCCAACACUUCCACCGCGAGCUGCGCUCCUUCAGCGCCGGCAUGUAGGCCGGCCGGGGGGGGCGGCGCCGGCUGACCGGACCAGACCUGGUGGGAGAACGGCAGACCGAGUAAAACCAUGCAGAUCUCAGAUUUACAGGAUUGGCUUUAUUUUAGUUUUUAUUCCAUCAGGUUUCUUCUUCUUUUGUUUGUUUUUUUUAUUUAGAACUCGGCACAAAUCUGCCUGUUACAACCAGAUAUUUAAGGAGUCUGCUGAGAGCUGGUCUGGUCUGACCCGGCCCGGUCUGGUCUGGUCUCGGUCCAGGAGCCUCUGUGUGGACAGUGUAACUCUGAUUCCUGUGUUUCUUUGCUCCCCCCCCCCCUGUGUGUGGUCUGUUCCCCGCCCGUAAAGGCUUGGUGUGUUUAACGCAGACGUCCAGACGGAACCGGCAGGUUGAGCGACGGUCCUCCGGCAGCAGGGCGGGCGGCUCUGUUGCUCUUCAUCGUGUUAUUUUGCUGUUUUUAACGUCUAAAGGUCAUUGAUUUGGGGUUCUGAGCUGCUGAUGGUGUAAUGGAGACUUCUGUUACUCUUCCCGGUGAGCCCCCCCCCCCUCCCAGCGGAUGUCAGAACCAAAGCUGUUCUGGUUUCAUCCGAUUAGAAACCUUUUGGUCCCGUCAGAAGAUGCUGAAGCUCUGCGUCGUGAUGGAGGGAAGGUGUGAUUUGUUUCCCUCGCCGUCCCGAAGCAAGGCAGCCGCAGCGGCGCUGCUUCUGGAGCAGAAUGUAAAAACCAGUCUGAGCUUCAUGCGUCACAACCGAGAGUCCUUCCUUUAUUUUUUUAUUUGAGCUACAGCACAAUGAGGCUUGGGUUGUGUCCCCUCAGGAAGGCUUUUAGCAUCACUGAAACAAUCACUUUCCCUCUCCUCUUACGUCACAGUGGCCUUGGAAACAGCUCCACUCUCCCGUUUGAAUCCUUCUAGAUGUCGUCGCCUGUCUCGCCAUCUGACUGAGCCCUCCGACCCGCCUCGGCCCGAGGGCCACAGAACCUGAUCAUACAUUUGUUUUCAACGAUUAAGGUUGGCUGAAGCUAAAGGAGGCGCGUUACGGCCCAGACGGCUUCAGCUCAGGCUGCAGGGAUCCGUAGUUUCUGAACCACGUUCUCUUCCCUCCCAGCACUUUACCGGCCGCAGAGAGAGUCGGUCCCUGCAACCGGGCCCGCCGCGUUGACUGGACCUCGAUGGUUUAACCUCGAUAAUCUGCAGCAGCCUCCGUUUUUUGUUUUUUUUUUAUCUCCAGAGAAACCGCCCUGUGGUACCGAGAGGUUCUGUUUCAGCGCUGAAAACUUCCCAGAGCUCAGCUUCUGAGAUCUGCUGAGCAAAAACGCUCCGGUGUCUUUGUUUUUAGUCGACCUCUGGUUAGUAGAAAGCUGAUCUUUUUUUUUACUGGCUUCACUUCCUGUUGUGUUUCUGGUCUGGUUUCCUCAGACUGGAGGGUUAGUAAAAGAACCGUGAGGGUAAAACGGCACCGAUAAGUACCGACAGAGCAGACUGCGCCUGUCGGAGGCACCGGGUCGGUUCUGGGUCACAAAGUAUUCAGAAAGCUACGAUGAGGACCAGGCCUGGAGACGGCGGUCCCUCUGUGUGCCGAGCCUUUGGGAGGUUCUGGAGUCUCGCUGAGUCCAAAGCCCGGUUCUGCGGCUUUGGACUCGAUGUUUGCUGUUCGUUUGCUUUUAGGGAAGCAGUGAUGCAAACUGCUGCAGCUGCUCUGCUGUGUGCCUGUAAUGUUGGAUUUUAAUAAUGGUUCUGGUGAAUUUUCUCGUGCAUCCAGUAGACGUGUUUUAUUUGACGCAUGCCUGUAGAAGACCUGCGUGUGUUUGAUGAAGAGGGACUAACUGGUGCCGCGGCGUGAGACGGGGACGCUCUCAGGGUGCAGGAUGGAAACUGAAACCGUCUCAGGCCUCCUGCUUGUUUGUGUGAAUUAUUACGGAGCCUCCGCAUCCGCUUCUCUUCUGCUGACCCGUUGGAAGCUGCCAAAGUCUGAGAGCACAGAGCCAGUAUUGCUUCCUUGUGGCGUUUCCCUCGUUCUCCUGCAGCCUCGCCUGCUUCUCUGAGGGGAACGAACCAAAGCGCGGCCGUGAGUGAAGGCGUUGCCUCGGAUCGGUACUCAGGGUCUGUGAAAUGUGUCACCAGAACAUCAGAGCAUCCGCCCGAUGUUCUGAGCCGUGAAACACAAGUAGCGCAGAGUUGGCUCCCAGAUGGAGGACUCUGCUCGUCUCCGGAUGCUUCCAGAGGUUCCUCGGCUCGGCUCGGCUCGGCUCGGCUCGGCUCGGCCCGGCUCGGCUCGGCCCGGCUCGGCUCGGCCCGUCCGCCGCGUCCUCCCCGCUUCCGUCUGAAGCUGUAAACUGAUUUUGCUGCUAGAACAUUCCAGGUGGAGGCGGGGUUGCUCCUGCAUCCUGCCAUCUCUACAAACAGAGGUUUAUUUUUUUUACCCAGAGGUGUGCGUGUGUGCAGAGGUCGGGUCGUGCAGCAGGCGCGGCGCCGCUCGGCGGUGAUGCCGCCGCGGGUCACCGGUACGUUAAACGUCACAAACCUCUCCCUCCAUUAAAUCAGCGAGUUUUACUUUUUGAAGCAGACGGCUUCCAGCACACAGCCUGAUGUUCUGGAGGCGCGCGUUAAACUGUGAUCCACCCUGUAAGCAGCUGCAUCCACUCAGCAGCCGUGAGAUCAUCACCAGCGGCUCCUGCAGCCGACUCUCUGCUCUCUGCACACGUUGUUCUUUCCCGGUGAAACCCGGACAGAUGUCAGGCGGUCCCACCAGGACCGGAACCACAGAGCUGGCCUCUAACUCCCUCCAUCGCAGAGACCUGUCUGUCUGUUGGACCAGAGGAGAACCCGGGGAGGUUUCCUAGAACCAAAGCAGCAGGCGGUCAGGUUUUUAACCCUGACACUCAUUCAUUCAUCGUCUCUCUCUCUCUCUCUCUCCAUCAUCGCUUCUUUUCCGUCAGCGUGGGUCUGGAUGAGCUUGCAGAGAGCUGGACUCGUGCAGGAAUGUAAAUCUGAAAGACGGGAUGUGCUGCCAGUUUGUGAUGGAGAUCUCAGCAUCGCUCCAUGCUGUCGUGGUGAUGGGUUGUUCCUGCUGCCAUGCAGACGUGUUUUAAAGCUCCUCCGUGUUAAAGGAGCCGACAGACCUUCAUUCUCAGCGGACGUGCAGAUGUUCCCGCUCAGAUGUGUUUCUGGCUGCUAAACAAAGUCCUCCUUGUUUACGGUGGAGAGCCAAACGUCCUGAUUAGCCAGGCAGGCCAGUCCAGCCUCGCAACUAUGCAAGAGGAAUGCAUAUAAUCCAAACGCUUCAUUUUUCUGUUUUUUUAUAUUUGCUUUUUCAUUCUCUCACCGUCACAGUGCAGAACCAGACGAUGUGAACGAGCGAGAACGUGCAGAGACAACUUGGCCUUAUUAUGAUGAUGGUGAUGAUUUGUGAGAUCUUGUAAUCAUUUUAGUCUGAAGAUCUUUUGAAUUGUGGCCCGGCAGCAGCGGCGGCGGUGACAGCGGGUCCCCCUUGGUCUCCGUGAGACCGGCUAGACGGCCCCCGGUUAUAUCGUGGUACGAAUGUUGUGCAUUUGUUUAAAAUCAGGACAGUUUGCAAUAACAGCAGUUUUACAAGUGGCCACAAAGGGGCACGAGCAGUGCUGACGGCGCCCGGCUGCGUCUUUAGAAAACCAUAGAGGAAGAAAUAGAAACUAUAUAAAGAGAUGAAUAUAUAUAAAGUCACACAGCGCAUAUUUGUAACGGUAUCGACGUUACCACGUUACGGUGUCCGACUCUUAUGCAACACUUGUCCGGGUUCAGUUUCUGAACAUGAAGUUUAUUGUAAAACCACACAGACUGUAAAUCAGACGCCAUGUCGUUGUGUUCUUUGUUUUUAUUUUUACAGAAAUGGUUUUACGUUGUUGCUGAAAGCUGAGUGUGAUGUUCCCGUGUGACUGUUUGCUGAUGUAAGCGCUGGGUUUUGCAUCCUCCUGCCAGCAGGGAUGCAGACUUCCCCCAAAACCCACAGCUGGGUGGACCUCCCCACCAGACUCACUGAUUCCUCUGAGAUCUGCACCCAGCGGAGGAGGCAGCAGCUUCCUGACAGCUGCAGCUGAUUUCAAAUCUGCCCAGCUGUGUUUUUGGGAGCAGUCUGCAGGAAAAGGUCUGUUACCUCUGUAGAGGAGGAGAUUUUACAGAAAAUGGUGUUGAUUCAUGUUCCUGUUGGAGCGAUGAGAGGGAGGGCAGCGUGGAAACCUCCACAGAGAACCGAGGGGUCGACCUGCCAACUGUUGAUUGGAAAUGAUGCUGAAUGAAUGCUUCUCUUCUUUUAGUCAGUGAAUAAAAAACAUUAAAAAGCCG